GUUUCAGAAUUUCUUUUUGUAUUGGUUCACAGAUUCACAUUGAAGUUUGACCUUAUAUUUAUUUUCUGGUCUGACCCAGUUUGACCUUCUCAAUCCACCAACUCUCUUUAAUCCCCAUUCCCAUCCUUCAUUUAAGAACACUGUGUUCAAUAGCACAGUUGCAGCUGCAGCUUGGGCGGUCAUUUAUGGCUUUUCUUCAUCUUCAAACCUGACAAAGCCGUUUUCUCAUUCAUCACUCUCUUAUCUCUUCUCUUCUUCAUCCUUUUCAAGACGUCUUAAAUCGACCUGCAAGUGCCUACUUCCUACUCAAUCAAAUCCUCAACCAGACAUGUAAAUAACGUGAUAUUGACGCUGUUACUGAUACAAUAUACGUUCAAUACGAUUGGUUUCACUUGAGGACUUUUUCUGUUUAUCAUCAAACCUCUUUAAUGCUCACCAUGCAAAAGUUUUGAGAGUUUCUUGCAUUCGCAAAAAUGGCUAUGGCUAUGGCGACGUUAAAAGUACAAUUCAUUUUUUCUCUUUUUAUCGUUGUUUCUAUGUGUUUUUUACAUGGGAAUGUCCAGGGUUCAGAGUUUUCAGUUCUUGUGGAGAUAAAGAAAGCGUUUUCAGAGGAUGGAAAUGUUCUACAGGAUUGGAAUGAAAGCAACCGAAAUUUCUGUACAUGGAGUGGCGUAACCUGCGGGCUGAUCAACUCGGUUGACGGCUCGGUUCAUGUUGUGAGUCUAAACCUUUCUGGCUUGUCACUCGGUGGUUCCGUUUCUCCCUCGCUCGGUCGUUUGCAAAACCUGCUCCACCUUGAUCUUUCUUCCAACAGCCUCACGGGUCCCAUUCCAACUGCUCUUGCAAACCUUUCUUCGUUGGAAUCUUUGCUUCUUUUCUCCAACCAACUCAGUGGAACAAUUCCGACUCAACUCGGCUCGCUCACGAACCUCCGAGUAUUGAGACUCGGUGACAAUGAGCUUAGUGGUCCCAUUCCUUCCUCUUUUGGUGGUCUUGUCAAUUUGGAAACUCUUGCAUUAGCGUCAUGCAGUCUCAGUGGACCGAUACCGCCAGAACUGGGUCAGCUGACUCAGCUUGAGAAUUUAAACUUGCAGGAGAAUCAAUUCCAGGGGCCGAUUCCUGCUGAGUUGGGAAACUGUUCGAGUCUGUUUAGAUUCGCGUCAGCUAAUAACAAUCUCAAUGGCUCAAUCCCAGCUGAAUUGGGUCGUCUCAAGAAUCUCGAGCUUCUCAACUUGUGUAACAACAGUCUUUCCGGGGAGAUACCGAGCCAACUCGGUGAGCUGAGUCUACUCACCUACUUGAAUUUCAUGGGUAACCAGCUUGAAGGUCCAAUCCCGAAGUCGUUAGCCAAUCUGGGUAAUCUUUAUAAUCUCGACUUAUCGUUUAACAGGCUCAGCGGAGGCGUUCCGGAAGAGUUCGGCAAAAUGGGUCAGCUUGUUUAUUUGGUUUUAUCAACUAACAAUAUAUCCGGUACGAUUCCAAGAAGUUUAUGUUCAAACAAUACCAAUUUGGAGAACUUGGCGUUGUCAGAAAUUCAACUUUCUGGUGAAAUUCAUGUGGAAUUGAGCCGGUGUCAAUCGCUAAAACUUCUGGAUUUGUCCAACAAUACUCUCAAUGGAUCAAUCCCAAUUGAGAUUUUUCAGUUGGCUGAAUUGAAUUACCUAUAUCUCCACAACAAUAGCUUGGUGGGUUCAAUUUCUCCAUUCGUCGCUAAUCUCAGCAACCUGCAAGAACUUAUACUGUUUCAUAACAAUUUGCAAGGGAAGCUGCCUGGAGAGAUUGGGAUGCUUGGAAAGCUGCAAGUUUUGUAUCUAUAUGAUAAUCAGUUAUCUGGAGAGAUUCCUGAAGAGAUUGGCAAUUGUUCAAGCUUACAAAUGAUUGAUUUUUUUGGAAACCGUUUCAGUGGGGAGAUUCCAGGCACUCUUGGGAGGUUAAAAGAGCUGAAUUUUCUUCACUUGAGGGAAAAUGAACUUCUUGGUCCAAUUCCCGCCAGUUUGGGUAACUGUCAGCAACUGCAAACCCUGGACUUGGCCGACAAUGGUCUCACUGGUGGCGUUCCUGAAACUUUUGGGCGUUUGCAGGCUCUGAAUCAGCUCAUGCUUUACAACAAUUCACUUGAAGGUAAUCUUCCUGAUUCUCUGAUCAAUUUAAGAAACUUGACCAGGAUAAAUUUCUCCAGGAAUAGAUUGAAUGGUAGCAUAGCUGUGUUGUGUAGCUCGCAUUCUUUUCUAUCUUUCGAUGUCACAAACAAUGCAUUUGAUCAUGAGAUUCCUCCUGAGUUGGGGAAUUCACCGUCUCUCGAUAGGUUGAGAUUGGGGAACAACAAAUUUAGUGGGAAAAUCCCAUGGACUCUGGGGAAAAUUCGUGACUUGUCGUUGUUAGACUUCUCAGGCAAUUCACUCACUGGUCCUAUACCGGAACAGCUUUUGUUGUGCAAGAAAUUGGCACAUAUUGAUCUCAAUAAUAAUCAUUUAUCGGGGCCUAUUCCUUCGUGGCUUGGAAGUUUGCCUCAGUUGGGUGAGCUGAAGCUCUCCUUGAAUCAGUUUGUUGGGUCUAUUCCUAGGGAACUUUUCAAUUGUUCGAACCUGCUUGUGCUUUCUCUUGAUGGCAAUUUGCUUAAUGAGAGCCUGCCUGAUGAGGUUGGUAACCUGGAAUCGCUUAAUGUUUUAAACCUGAAUGACAAUCUAUUUUCUGGGCGAAUCCCUCCCGCCUUAGGCAAACUUAGCAUGCUUUAUGAGCUUAGGCUCUCGAAUAACAGCUUCAAUGGUGAAAUUUCUUCUGAGCUUGGACAACUUAAGAAUCUUCAGAGCAUUUUAGACCUCAGUCACAACAACCUCACUGGCAAAAUCCCGCCUUCUAUUGCAACUUUGUCGAAGCUUGAAGCGCUCGAUCUUUCUCACAAUCAACUAGAUGGAGAGGUCCCUCCACAGGUUGGUGAGAUGAUUAGUUUGGGCAAACUCAAUCUGGCUUAUAACAAUCUUCAAGGCAAAUUGGGCAAACAAUUCUCCCACUGGCCAGCUGCGGCAUUUGCAGGAAAUCUUCGUCUUUGUGGUAGCCCUCUUGAUCGCUGCAAUAGCCGUGUGCACAACCAGCAGCCCACCAUAAGUGAGUCAUUGGUUGCAGUGAUCUCAGUAAUUUCAACAUUAGCUGCAAUUGCUCUGCUGAUAGUUGUAGUUGCUCUUUUCUUGAAACGCAAGCGAGAAUUUUUUGGCAAGGGAAGUGAAGUGAACUGCACUUACUCUUCCAGUUUUUCACAAGCACAGCGAAGACUACUCUUCCAAGCUGCAAAGCGCGAUUUCAAAUGGGAAGACAUCAUGAAAGCCACAAACAAUUUAAGCAAUGAUUUCAUUAUCGGUUCAGGAGGGUCCGGAACAAUCUACAGAGCUGAACUGUCUAAUGGAGAAACGGUGGCAGUUAAAAGAAUUGCCUGUAAAGAUGAUCUUCUACUGAACAAAAGCUUCACAAGAGAAAUUCAGACACUCGGAAGGAUAAGGCACCGGCAUCUAGUGAAACUGAUGGGUUAUUGCUGCAACAAAGCAGCAGGUUCAAAUCUGUUGAUAUACGAGUUCAUGGAGAAUGGAAGUGUGUGGGAUUGGCUGCACAAACAAGCGGAGAAUGCCAAGAAGAAGAAGAGCCUUGAUUGGGAGGCGAGGUUGAGGAUAGCAGUGGGAUUGGCUCAGGGAGUUGAGUACCUUCAUCAUGACUGUGUACCAAAGAUUGUUCACAGGGACAUCAAAUCUAGCAAUGUGUUGUUAGAUUCAAACAUGGAGGCACAUCUGGGGGAUUUUGGACUGGCAAAAGCUCUUGUUGAGAACUACGACUCCAAAACAGAAUCAAAUUUAUGGUUCGCUGGGUCCUAUGGUUACAUUGCUCCAGAGUACGCUUAUUCACUAAAGGCGACAGAGAAAAGUGAUGUUUACAGUCUGGGAAUUGUGCUAAUGGAGCUUGUUAGCGGGAAAAUGCCAACUGAUGCAACCUUUGGGGAGGAAAUGGACAUGGUGAGAUGGGUGGAGAAGCAUUUCGAGAUGUCAAGCUCUGAACGUGAGUACCUGCUCGAUGCUCAAAUGAAGCCACUUUUACCUGGUGAAGAAUGCGCAGCGUAUCAGGUGCUAGAAAUAGCACUGCAAUGCACAAAAACUGCACCACAAGAGAGACCAUCGUCCCGGCAAGUGUGUGAUAACCUUGUGCAUGUAUUUAACAAUAGGAUGUUGGACUUCGGCAAGAUGACAUAGAUUCUUUUACAUUGCUAAUGGAGUUUGAUUGAUGAAUGUCAAGGUUUGAUGUCAAAUAAGGAGAGUGGGAAAAAAAAAAAAAAAAAAAAAAAAAAUUUAGAGCAAUCUUUGAUUUAGUAGAUUUUUGGAGUAGUAACCUUCGUUGCAACGAUGAUGUUCUGAUGCUUACAAAGCAUAUCUUAGCCCAGAUGUAACAUUAGACGUCUUCAGGAUAUAAAAUGUAAAUUGGAAUUGCUUGCAAAAUGA